AUGGACGCCAACAAAGACGAGACCUUGGUUGUGGACCAGGACACGAUUAUGGGUGAUGAUGGAGCUGCCACGGGGCAAAAUCCAGCAGACUCGAAGCCCACAUACAAAUCUUUCAAAAAGAAGUUCCGCAAGAUGAAGAUCAAGUUCGAUGAAGCUAUGCGCCGGAGCAAUGAUCUAUACCUCGAAGAGCAGCGUGCUCUCAAGACAGCCAAGCGCCUUGCGCAGGAGAACGAUCAAAUCAUGGAUCUCCUCCUCGACGUCAACAACUCUGCCCAAAUUCCAGUUGACAAACGCAUCGAUCUUACGCCAGAAGAAGGCAUCCUAUCCGAAAUCCCACCCCUCAUCACAGAAGAAGAGCUCGCGAACGCUGCUGAAUUACAAACACCAGAAGGCAUUGCACUCUACAAUGAGAUCCAAGUCCUUGUCAAAGAGCGGGACAUAACCCUUAAUAAUGCCUCCAAACCCCCCAAGUCCCUCGCAACACUCCUGAAGAACGUACCACACAUGAAGUUCGGCCACCCAGGAGUUCCGGAAGAUUCACUCGACCUUCUGAAAACUAGUGAAGGUCAUCCCGCACCCCUCGGAUACCUCACAGCAGACCAACUAGACGACUACAUCUACGACAUCGAUGCUCAACUCGGUACCGUCCCAACCCUUCCCCCUCCCUCACCAUCAGCAUCCCACCAAGACCUCGCCUUCGGCAACUACCACAGCCCAUACAACUGGCUCCGUCGCAACCAGCCACACAUCUUCCUUCAAGACGGAGAAGGCAGCGAGAAAUCCAAUGGCAAGCCCGGCGCCCUCCGUGGAGCAGGAAAGCGAGCCAGCAUCCCCGCACCCAGUAAACCCGACUCCCUUGAGAUCGUCGAGGAAGAUGGCCAAGGCUAUGAUUUCGCUUUGGGCGGAGGAACCACGACCAAAGGCAAGCGGAAGCGUGACGAUGAUGACAACUCAGGUGGAUACCACCCAUCGAAGGCAGUCAAGGCUACUGAGGACGGCGUGAGGAAGAAGAGACCGUAUAAUAGGAAGCCGAAACCUGUUGAUGGGGAGGCUCCUACGCCGCCUGUGAAGAAGGGCAAGGGAAGAGGGAAGGCUAAAUUGCCGACUCCGGAUCCGAAUGCUCAUCCCUUCGGUCCUAUUUGA